AGGAGAUAAGGAAAGAAACAAAAAGGGGGUCAGUGAUUGGGUAACUCAGCUUCCGCCUGGGAUCUUAUCUGUGAUUGCGACUUAGGCUGGCCUUAGUUUGCUGCGGACACUGAGCGGGUAAUGGCUGUGCUUCUGAUUCUCUUGUUUCUGGUGCUGGGCUUCGCCGGCUACGUAGCCUACGUGAUCCGCCAAAAGGGCAUCGAUCCCAAGGACAUUCGCCUCCACAGCCUGCAGGACGCCAAGAAGCUGCUGCAACCUCCUCUCGGUGGCCAGGGGCCGCACAAAUACCUAGAGAAGAGGGCUUGA